AUGUUCGAAGCGCGCAUUCUCCAAGGGUCCAUUUUGAAAAAAGUCCUCGAAUCUAUCAAGGAUUUAGUCACCGAUGCGAACUUUGAGUGCACCGCCAACGGGUUCGCGUUGCAAGCGAUGGAUUCCUCGCACGUUUCUUUGGUGGCGUUGAUGUUACGAAGCACCGGUUUUGACCACUACCGAUGCGACCGAGACGUGACCAUGGGGAUGAACUUGUUGAACAUGAGCAAAAUGUUAAAGUGCGCGGAUAACGACGACACGAUAACGAUGAAAGCGGACGAUGCCGGCGACGUGGUGACGUUCAUGUUUGAAAACCCGAAAGCGGAUAAAAUUUCCGAUUUUCAAAUGAAGUUGAUGGAUAUCGACACGGAACAUUUGGGCAUCCCGGAUACGGAGUACGAAGCGACGGUGAAGAUGUCCUCGAACGAGUUUCAAAGAAUUUGCAGAGAUUUAUCGUCGAUUGGUGAUACGGUGACUAUUGCGGUGACGAAAGAUAGCGUGAAAUUUACGACUUCGGGUGAUAUUGGGGAGGCGAAUAUUACGUGCCGCCGCACCUCGGACGGAGACAUGAAGGAAGAGAAAGUGAAAACGGAAGAAGACGGCGAGAAAGUGCAUAACACGAAGUCCUCGGAAGGCCAAAAUGUAGACAUCGAUUUGCAAGAACCGGUGACGUUGACGUUUGCUUUGCGAUACUUGAACUCUUUUUGCAAAGCGACGAGUUUAUGCGAGAACGUGCGUUUACAGUUGAGCAAAGAGUUACCGGUAGUCGUGCAGUACUUGAUAGAGGACAUGGGGUACGUCCGGUUUUACUUAGCGCCAAAGAUUGAGGAGGAAGACGCGGACGAGAGUUAA